UCCUUUUCAAAAUCCUUUUCAAAAUACUUAUUUCUAGGAGACAUUCUUAGGUCCUACUGGCAUCCUUGCUAGGUGCAUACGAAUUAGUAGCUCCAGCACUUUAAUCAGGAAGUUAUUAUUUUGUGUGCAAAUGGAAAGUGGAACAUUUUAGACGAACACUCUGAUAACUUCUUGUUCUUAAUGAAACUGUAAUAUCUCGAAAGUACACUGACUAUAUAUUUCCACCUGUCCGUUAUUAGAGAAUUAUGGCAGUUAACACCGUGAGCUUCAAAAUUCGUUUCGAGCUACUACUCCUAGCAGUAGGACUUAUUUGGCUACAGGUGCACCUACCUGAUGCUUUUGGUGCAGAAACUGUAAAGACUCCCACAAAAUGCCGGCUGAAGAACUCCAGCGAUGGACUUACAGCAAACUGUCAGCACCUUGGACUCACAGAAGUUCCUCAGGAUCUACCCCAAGGUGUGACCGUGCUCGACCUGUCUGUCAACGAACUGACGGUCCUCCACAACAGUUCUUUUCAGGAUGUUCAAAAUGUAACCUUCCUCAGCUUGCACAUAAACCGAAUAAGUUCUAUACAUAGCAGGACUUUCUGGAAGUUGACAAAGCUCAGUUUUCUCAUCCUCAAUGGGAACAAUCUAGAGUCUAUAUCUCCAAAAAUCUUUCUGAAGAACAUGCUACUCACACAGCUUUUGUUGAAUGACAAUCACCUGAAAUCUGUUCCCCAUGAAGCCUUUUCAAACAUACCCAACCUGUCAAAUGUGGUACUCGGUGGGAACAAAAUCAAGAGUAUCAACUUUGAGGGAUGUUCUCAAUGGUCUCAUCUGGAAGAAAUAUACCUCGACCAGAAUGAGUUGGAAGAAAUUCAACAAGAAUAUUUUCUUCCUCUACAGAACACAACAAUCGGCAGUUUGACCCUCACGGCUAACAAAAUUCAAAUUCUACAACCACAAUGCUUUUUGCAUCUGAAUUUCAUACAAGAAAUUCUGCUUGGAGGAAAUCCAAUCAACUCAUUUGACAUUCAACCUUUCCUUGGCAUGACUUACAUCGAACAUUUAUCUAUGUUUGGCUGCCAGAUCCAUGAUCUUUUACCACCUGACUUAGCUUUUAAUCUGUCCGUCACUUACCCAACCAUCCGAACUCUAACUUUAUCAGCUAAUAAGAUCGAGACUGUACAAGAGGAUGCAUUCUGGGGCUUCACAAAGUUGGAAGUGCUUUCCUUGAAUCUGAACCAACUCAAACUCCUCACGAAUCAGUCAUUUUGUCGUCUGGAGUCACUUACAGAACUAGACAUUUCAAACAACAAAUUAACAUCCUUCACAAAUGGGACAUUUGCUUGCCUGCAAAGUUUGAAACAACUGAAUGCAUCUGGAAAUUUAUUACAGACUCUCUCUCCUGGAUACUUCUAUGGCAUGUCAUCUAUUAUUACCAUAUCCCUCUCAAGUAACAGAAUCGACGCACUGAACAAUGACCAGCAGCUUUGGGCAAUCAAGACCCUCUGUAUGCUUGACAUAUCGAACAAUGCUUUAAAAGGUGUUUCCAAGGGGAGAUUUCAUGGGCUAACCAACUUAGAGGCAUUGAACAUAUCUGGCAAUAACAUCAAUUACUACAGUUACACAGCUUUCACAGGCUUAUUAAAUUUGAAAGAGCUGUACCUGAAAAAUGAGCGGGCAGCAUUUCUGGAAAAUUCCUUUUGUCAACUGCAUACAUUGCUCAUUCUGGAUCUAUCAAAUGCACCCAUCCAAGUGUCACCAACAUCAACAGAGCAGUUUUUUAAUAUGAGUAGUUUAAGAGAACUGCGUAUGGAAAAGGCACAGUUGAAAGAUACUGACCUAUAUGAUAAAGACAAACAUCAGUCACUUUUCACCGGUCUCUUCUCGCUUCGUACGUUGCGAAUCAAAGACAAUUAUUUGCAUGACCUUGACGUCAGGAUAUUUCAGAACCUUUCACAAAUGGUCCAUCUUGAUAUGUCCAACUCAAGAAUACACACGCUAAGGUCAGGACUGUUCAGUCCUCUCCCCUCCCUAAGGUACCUUUAUAUCGGUGAGAACAAUCUGGGGGAGGUUCCUGGAGACCUAUUCAAUGGCCUAUUCCGCCUGAACGUGCUGACAUUCCAGAACAAUAUCCUGAGUAGUCUAGACCCCAAGACUUUCGCCCAGACACUGAGACUGACGGAUCUUUAUCUACCUGGGAAUCAAAUCAGCACCAUUAAACCUGGGACAGUUCUACCAGGUAAUACUUCCCUUAGGUUAGACAUCUCCAACAACCCCUUCUCCUGUACGUGCUCCUUGGCAUGGUUCAGGCAGUGGUUGGACUCUGCUGACAUUGAUGUCAAACAUGCAGACCAGACCUUGUGUUCCGGGACGUCCCUAAAAGGACUCUCAAAACAGCCGAUACUGUCCUUUCAUCCUGAGGAUCAUUGUGGAGUCAACAUCUUUCUAAUAGCAGGUAUUUCCUUCACAGGUAUUUUCCUGUUCCUGAUAACAUUGCUUGCUUACAACAGACGUUGGUGGUUGAAUCACAAGCUUUUCCUUCUUAAACUAGCUGUUGUUGGCUACGAAGAAAUGGCAGAAGACUUUGAUGCAGAUAACUACGAGUUUCAUUUGAACCUCAUGUUCCUUGAAGAGGAAGAAGAAUGGGUUGAUCGGGUCAUGAAACCUGCCCUGGAGGAGAGGUUCCCGCAUCUACAGAACAUCAUCUACGGAGACAAAGACCUCCAUCUUGGAAUGUUCUACAUCAAUGCCAUCAAUGACGCCCUGGAUAACAGUUUCAAGACUGUCUUGUUGAUAAGCAACCAAUCUAUACGUGAUGCCUGGUGCAUGACCAAGCUCCGUAUGGCACUGGAGCAUCUAAACGAUACAGGUCUGGACAAAAUCAUCUUGAUAUUUUUGGAGGACAUCGAGGAUGAGAACCUGCCAUAUCUUGUCAGGUUGUUCAUGAGUAGGAACAAACCUUACAUGUUGUGGACGGAUGAUGAAGAUGGACAGGAACUAUUUUGGGCUCAGUUUGAGAGAAGUAUGAGAGCAAAUAAGGCUAUCAACAAUGCCAUUCCUCUUUAAUGGGCAAUCAGGUUUUUGUAUUUAAAAAAUCCCAUCGCCAAAAUGUUCAAAAUAUGAAUCUGAGGCAAUUUUGAUAGCCUUGUACAUCACCUUUGAAAAGUGUGCUUGAGGAUAAAAGCGACAAUUUAACUGGUUGCACGAUUACAUGUGCAAGAAUAUUCUUUUGUUUACAGCUUAUUUUAACAGCAAACAAAUGAACAAGCUGGCCCUUGUCUUACCCUGUAAAAACAAUACAGAAGUGGAGAGCAAUUAAAAUAUAGAAAGCUUAACAAGAGCGCUGGGCCCUCUUUCAUAUAUAGACAUAGUUUAUUUGUAAUUGGUAUAUUAUGUAGUUUACUGCAUGCAUAUUGCAUAUCAUACCACCGUAGAUGGUAUAACACUCUUUCAUGUAUCAAUCAUUCGUCGAACUAUGUAUAAUGUUUAUUCAGGAGGUUUAUUUUUCAGCUAAAACAAUGCACGUUCGUUGAUUACGUCAUAUCUUGCCACAAAAUAUUUUGAUUGUAUUGUACAUAAUACAAAGGUUUUACUGUAUGUAAUGUAUUGUAAUGUUGUAUGGGGCAACACUUACCCAACAAGAUUGCAACGACUGCUUAUAUUACAAAAGCGUAUAGUAAGAAUAUGUCUUAAUAUGUCUGAUUUCAAUGCCCAUUCAAAACCAUUAUUUCAACAAUUACAGUUUUUUAAUAUUUAUCAGUUGUAUCAAUAUUAUAUAUCACUCAUGGUUUCUAAAACUGAUAAACUGCCAAUUAAUAUUGCCACUAUGAUGAAAUGUAAACAAUCUGUUCAUAAUUAUAAUAUUAGAAAUUUAGAAAUAUAAUUUUUUUAUUGAUAAAUGUCCAUCAACAAAUUCUUUAUUUACUUUUAGACACACCGGUUCAAAAAUGUGGAAUUUUCUCCCGAGAGAUAUCCGUGAUUCAACUUUCUUUAACUCUUUAAAAUCAAGAAUUAAAAAAUAUUUCAUCUGUUUUUAAAUCAAUAGUAAUGUAUGCGUGUUAAUAAGUCUACUAUGUUUUGUACACUAUUUUGAUAUUGUUAUAUCUUUAAUAGGCAAUUGUUGGAAUUUGUAUAUAUCUUUUAAUAACAGGGACUGCCUCGACAGAACCUUACGGUUUUAUUUGCAGCUUUCCCAAUUCAUUUCUAUUGAUUAAAAGUUUAUAAUUCUGCUAUAUUUGUAAAGAUGUUUCCAUUUUGUGUGUGUUCUCUGUUUUCUAUGUUGUAUAUAAUCUGUAUGGUAUACUUUCAUAAAAUGUGUUAUUAUGGAUUUGAAUUUAAAUAAAACUUGAAACUUGAUAUAUUGUAUA